GGUUCCAUCAUUUUCAUUCUCCCGCCGAUCAGCUCCACAAACUGAGUCUCUUCUAUAAGCCAGAAGCAGCCAACCUGCCAGCAGUCACUCAUCUGCCACAGACAGGCUGCAAAAUCCCCACCUCAGCUCAUCACUUCCCUGCACAAGGAAGCACUUUUUUUUUUUAAUUAUUAAUUUUAUUAUUGCAUUUUUUUAACUAAAUUCAUUUUUUUUGUAUUUAUUUAAUUUUUUUUUUCUCCUGGAGUUUUGAAUUUUUUUUUUUUUUUACAUUUUUUUUUUGCAUCCUUUGGAUUUUUUUUUCACGUGUCAUUGGAAAAAAAAAUAAAACAGACACAGAUCUGUAGGGAGCUGUCAAGAGGAGUUAUAGAAACAUAGGAGCAGCAGGGGAGAAGCCUUAAAAAAAGAGAGAGAAGGGGUUGGAAGAUUUGCUGCUCAGUUGUAUCUUCAUCAUCACUAUCACCAUCAUCUUCCUCCUCCUCUCCUGCCACCAUCCUUCAUUCAGCACCUUGACAUGCACUGCCUCUGAUUGACAUCUGAAGUGGCCGAAAGCCAUGACAGUCCCCAGUUUGGGUACAUGUGGCUCUCUCUAGGGCCAACCCUAAACCUAACUUGGAAGAUUUGACAAUAAAUUACAAUUACCUUUUUUUUUUUUGCUGAUUUCACGUGAGAACCAAGAAGACCUUUAAACACAGGCAAAAGUAACACAUUUUCACCAAAAAAAAAGGAUAAUAUUCUGGGGUGGAUCUCCGGCUUGAGAAUUUAGAAUGUUUGUAUGAUUUGUAUGGUGUCAUCUCGGUGCCGGCUGAAGAAGCUUUUCUGGAUUGUAUAAGGGGCAACAGAGAUUGUGUUUAUUGCCCCCCAUUACCCUUUUGCCACCAUCCCAGGACACGGAGAGAGCCUGCCUCGCUGGGAAGAGGGGCUGAGGACACACUAUAGGGCACUCGGACAGGAGCUUUAUUGAUGGCGCAAAGGUACGAUGAGUUACCACACUAUGGCAUGGACGGAGUGGGGGUGCCAACAUCAAUGUAUGGCGACCCCCAUGCCCCGCGACCCAUCCCACCGGUACACCACUUAAACCACGGACCCCCCCUCCAUGCCAGCCAGCACUAUGGGACUCAUGCCCCCCACCCCAAUGUUAUGCCCACCAGCAUGGGAUCUGCUGUAAACGAUGCCCUAAAGCGAGACAAAGAUGCGAUUUAUGGACACCCCCUGUUUCCUCUGCUAGCCCUGGUUUUUGAGAAAUGUGAAUUGGCGACGUGUACCCCACGGGAGCCGGGGGUCGCGGGUGGGGAUGUGUGUUCUUCGGACUCCUUUAAUGAAGACAUCGCAGUAUUUGCUAAACAGGUCCGGGCAGAGAAACCACUUUUCUCCUCAAAUCCUGAACUUGAUAACUUGAUGAUCCAGGCCAUUCAGGUUCUGAGGUUUCACCUCCUGGAAUUAGAAAAGGUCCACGAAUUGUGUGAUAAUUUUUGCCAUCGAUACAUCAGCUGUUUGAAAGGAAAAAUGCCAAUAGAUUUAGUGAUCGAUGAAAGGGACGGCAGCUCAAAGUCUGAUCACGAAGAACUAUCCGGAUCCUCCACGAACCUCGCAGAUCAUAACCCAGCAUCAUGGAGAGAUCAUGAUGAUGCAGUGUCCACGCAUUCUGCAGGCACGCCGGGACCCUCAAGUGGUGGGCAUGCCUCCCAGAGUGGAGACAACAGCAGUGAACAAGGGGAUGUGUUAGAUAACAGUGUGGCUUCUCCCGGCACAGGGGACGACGAUGACCCAGACAAGGACAAAAAGAGGCAAAAGAAGCGUGGCAUUUUCCCAAAAGUAGCAACAAAUAUCAUGAGAGCGUGGCUCUUCCAACAUCUCACGCAUCCAUACCCCUCAGAAGAGCAGAAGAAGCAGUUAGCACAGGACACAGGACUGACUAUUCUGCAAGUUAACAACUGGUUCAUUAACGCCAGAAGACGAAUAGUCCAGCCGAUGAUUGACCAGUCUAAUCGAGCAGGUUUUCUUCUUGAUCCUUCAGUGAGCCAAGGAGCAGCGUAUAGUCCCGAGGGUCAGCCAAUGGGGAGCUUUGUGUUGGAUGGUCAACAACACAUGGGGAUCCGGCCCGCAGGGCCUAUGAGUGGAAUGGGAAUGAAUAUGGGCAUGGAUGGACAGUGGCAUUAUAUGUAACCGUCACCUUGCACAGCAACGAAUAACAAGUCUGCAGGACAUGCCAGGGGACUGUCUUUCUCAGGGUGGUCCUAAUGGGUAUCAGUUUGUACAACCAGCUCUCAUUCCUCCCAAGUUGUCGUCAUACCCUCUUUCCUCAAGACAUGGACCACCAGUGCCCUACAUCAGCCAAGACACCUCAUCACGAGCCGUGUACAUACACAGAGGAUUGGCUCUCCAUGGGAUGACCAUGUCCGCCCAAACCACCUCACCCCUUCUCCCUUAGCACUUGGGAGUCAUUUCUUCGACACAACCCCCCAACAAUAUAAGGAACCUCAAGGGAAAAGCAAAAUGUAAGACUUCUGAACUUUGACCAGUUUUAAAAGUAAAAUUCCAGACAGCUGUGAUUUUUUUUAAAAAAAAAAAAACAGACAUUUUGUCAUUUUCAUCAAAAAAAAAAACAAAAACAACUAAGGACCAACGAAACAAGACGAGAACACAAAUGUGAAAAAACAAACAAACAAACAAAUGGGCCUAGUUAAUGCCCGGAAAGAAAGAAAAACCACAAAGUCCCCUCUGGAAAAGCAGAAAGACUGAAAGAUAUAACUACUGUAGGAUAAAACAUAGGAACUAAGUUAACUUGUACAUUUCUGUUGAUUUAAAUAGUUUUAGAAGAGACAUAAAAAGAUAUCCUUGUUUUUUCCACACUAUGUGUGUUGUUCCCAAAAGAAUGACUGUUUUGGCUCAGCCAGAACCCAUCCCUAUGGAAAGCUACCGGAUUUUAUCACUUGUGACCAUUGCAGAAGAGCAUAGAGCACAUCCUGGAAAGACCAUGGAGAUCCAAGACCUUCUAGGGUGCGAGAAGUGUCUAUCUGCCCCUUUGGCACUACAGGACAAUUUAUUUGGGGGCAGUUAUACACACAAGGACAGAGAGAGACACUUUUUUUUUUAUCCUUGUGAUUGAUGUGGACACCCCUUUGUAUGGAUGGAGGGGGGGGGGAUUCCUGCAAUCUGGUCUUUGCACCAAAUGAAAAAAAAACUGAACUUAAUUGUACACUCAAAGACUGGUGAAAGAGUGCGCGUGGAAAAGAGAGAAUGUGCGUGUGCCUGCGAAAGUGCGAAGAGAGAUUGUGAAGGGAAGACAAUACUGUAACAGAAUUUGUUCAGAGUUUGUUCUAUUAAUGUUUCAUGUUAGAUAUUCUAUGUGUUACCUCAAUUGAAAAAAAAAAAGAAUGUUCUCUUAGUAAAACCUGCUGUGGGAUUGGUAUUGUAUGUCCAUGGAUUAUUUCUUUCUCAGCACGUGUUCCUCAUUAGAGAAAAAUGCUGUUACCUUUAAGCUUUGUCAAAAUUUACAUUAAAAUACUUGUAUGAGGACUGUGAGUUUAUGUUUAAAGAAAAAAAGAAAAAAAAAGGUGUUACAAAAUGCGGUAAUAAAUAUUUCAUUUUGGA